UAAGCUCAAGAUGCGGCUCGAAACGCAACAGCAGGAACCUACAGUAAUGUAAAUAUUUAACAGGCUACCUACCCACUUGGUAGUCAGUUACCUGGGUCCCGUCUUAUCUAGCUCUAGCUUGCUCAUAUCGAAGACACUCCCCUGGCCUUACGACAUUAGCCAGCUAACUAGCUGUCUACAACCUAGCCAACAAGAACCCAGCGUCCGAAAAUGGAAUGGCCACAGUUUUAAUAUUUGACACUGUGAACAAACUACGUGGUCGAAAACCCGGUGAUUAAAUGCAUCCAGCUAUAAAACAUCCAAGACGUUAGAAGGCUGCCAACAAUGGACAUGUUCAAUAAACUGACGACUCUCUUUCAGCAGGCGUUGGAAACGAGAGAGCCCUCAGUAAAUUUGCUGGAGUCCUUUGUGGAGCACUGGAAAGGAAUAACUAAUUAUUACAUUGAAACCACAGAUGAGACAACGCCCGCUAAACAGACGGACAUUCCCUGGCGGUUGAAACAGAUGCUGGACAUACUGGUUUAUGAGGAGCAGCAGCAGGAGUCGGAGGAGACGGGGCCUUGCAUGGAAUAUCUCCUACAGCACAAACUACUGGAGACCCUCUGCACUUUAGGCAAAGCACAGUACCCUCCAGGAAUGAACCAGCAGGUCCUGGCUUUCUUCACCAAACUCCUACAACAGAUCCAGCAGCCGAUGCUUCACAUCAUCAAUGUGUACAGGCCAGUCCAGAAGCUGGUUCGGCUGUGUGCUCUCCCUGGGUCACAGACAGAGAGGGAGGAGGCACACUUUCUCUUUGCUGUUUGCACCAGACUGAAACAAGACCCAUAUGUGCUCACCUACAUUCUGGAGAUUAAGCGUGAUGCACCCAUUAAGAAGAACAGUUCUACCUCAGAAGACAGUGCAAGGCUUCAGAGCAGUGAAGGCCCCAGCACAGACAAAAUGCCCCCCAAUCUCCAGCAUGAGUGUACAGCCUCAGCCUCCCUCCAUAGUGGGAAACCAGGCCCCUCCUCUGCUUCCCAGCAUCCCCCACGUGAGGCGUCUUCCCCCAGUGCGGACCCAGCCGACAACGACCUCAUCCAUGCCUUAAUACACUUGACUAAAAGCCAGAAAAGCAGAGUUGCACUAAAAGCCCUUGAGGGACUCUUGCUCCUAGUGAAGCUACCGAAGGAAGAGACUGCGGAGUGCCUAGCCGAGAGCACCGCUCUGUGCCAGCUCCUGGCCGGGAGGCUGUGUGAACUCUACAGCAUGAUCCCCUCCUCCCUGGACCCUGCAGAUAUCCACAACUUCCCUCGGGCCCACUGGAGAACUCGGUUCUCUCCUGGCUGCACAGAGAAGACCUUGACAGUCCCUGGCAAUGAAAACCUGGUGGUGUUCCUGGAGUGGCUAGACUACUGUGACCAACUGGCCAAAGAGGCACAAAAAGUACUCUCAGUGAGACUAGCCAAAGCAAUUCACCACCAGUGGCUUACAGCGGUCGUGCAGCCGCAGCUGCUCCAGGUGUCAGAGGUGGGGGUCCUGGUGAGCACAGCCCUGCUGUCGUGCGCGGUACGCCAGAUCAGCGCCCCUGCCCUGCUGGACGAGCUGGUCCUCUUCCUCCUCGGCAGCCAGAUGCAGAGCGAGCUGCGCAUGGACACGGAGAGCCACGUACUCCGCUACCAGCUCGUCGAGCACUGCGACCACAUCUCUGACGAGAUCAGCGUCAGCACCCUGCGUCUCUUCGAGGAGCUCCUGCAGAAACCACACAAGCAAAUUGUGUCCAACCUGGUUCUGAGGAACCUGGAGCACCGUGGCUACAUUGCACCCAUGCCGGGGGGGACAGAGGACAGGCACCUGCCUGACACAGAGCCCCUGGACGAGUCAGAAGAGCUGGAGGAGGACCCCUUUUUCACAGACAUGUACCCCGAGGAUCACUUCAACUCAGAACAGCUGCUAUCUCUGCCCAAAAACCGAGGAGAUCCACACCCCACUGCACAGACACGAGUGGCUGACAUCGUAAACAGUUUCCUUUGCCUGGUCCCUCAAGAGGCAAGAACCUCUCAGCAUGUCCAGGGAGCAGGAUACGACACUUAUGUACAUGAUGCACAUGAACUGUUUAAAGAAUGUACAGCUUUCUCACUGGAAUGGGGUUGGUCAGACACCCCCAAGCCCCCACAGCCUCUUCCUGUCGGCACAGACUUCUUUGAAGGCCACUUUCUGAAGGUCCUUUUUGACAGACUUGCUCGGAUCCUGGAGCAGCCCUAUGAGCUGAACCUCCAGGUGACGUCAGUGCUGUCCCGACUGGCCGUGUUCCCCCACCCGCACCUGCAUGAGUACCUGCUGGACCCCUACAUCAGCCUGGCCCCUGGGAGCCGCUCUCUCUUCUCUGUCCUCAUCAGGGUAAUAGGUGACCUGAUGCAGAGAAUCCAGCACAUCCCAAACUUCACUGAAAGGCUACUGCACAUGAGGAAACAGCUGAUGGCACUGGAGCCCGAGUCGCUAACAGAUCACAUGACCCUGCUAAAGGGAGUCAUAGUCCUGGAAGAGUUCUGUAAGGAGCUGGCUGCAAUAGCGUUCGUCAAACUUCCCUUAGAAGAACACUAACGCUGUCCUGUGAAGCUGGAGAGCAUUGGUACAAAUCCUCAGGAAUACAUGUCCUGUGAACUGCACCAGUCAGUCUGCUGCUUAAUCACAUUGAUUGCACAGGUAAAUGUCAUCGCAGUAUUGUUAAGGGACUGUUGGCUGAUGUGACUAGACCAUGUACUGGUUCUAGAUUUGGAGGCUUUAAAUGGUACAAAGGACACUGCACAUGUGUGCAUUAAGAAGAUUAGCAAUGUCCAGUCAAAACUAUGCUGAUAUGUGACUGCUUGUUAUUAGCUUUUGCUUUGUUUUAAAU